AUUAACAGUAGUCCUCCGCUAAUACUGGAACAAUUUAAUAUUGGACCAUGGAGACAAAUGCCAAUCCAAACCUGGCAGGAUUUUAUGCCGAAGAAAGCAAAGAUAACAUAUAUGAAACUGUCCUCGGGGAAAUUAAGUACUUGGAGCUGCCUCUAGGAAUCACUUUAGGGUCUGUGUAUGAUGAUCAGCCAAAUGCGCACCAAAAGUUUAUGGAAAAACUGGAUGCUUGUAUACGCAACCAUGACAGAGAGAUUGAAAAAAUGUGCAAUUUUCAUCAUCAAGGCUUUGUUGACGCUAUUACAGAACUUCUUAAAGUUAGAGCUGAUGCAGAGAAAUUAAAGGUCCAGGUUACUGAUACCAACCGAAGGCUUCAAGACGCUGGGAAAGAGGUGAUAGCUCAAACAGAGGAAAUAAUCCAGUGUAGACUUCAGCAGAGGAAUAUUACUACGGUGGUUGAGAAACUUCAGUUGUGUCUUCCAGUAUUGGAAAUGUACAGCAAGCUAAAAGAGCAGAUGAAUGUAAAAAGAUAUUAUUCUGCUUUAAAAACUAUGGAACAGCUAGAGAACAUAUGCUUUCCUAGAGUUAGUCAGUAUCGGUUUUGCCAAAUAAUGAUUGAAAACCUUCCAAAACUUCGUGAGGAAAUUAAAGAAAUUUCCAUGUCUGAUCUUAAGGACUUCCUAGAGAGUAUCCGGAAGCAUUCAGAUAAAAUUGGUGAAACAGCAAUGAAACAGGCACAACAGCAGAAGACUUUUAACGCUGCUCUACAGAAGCAGAGCAAUCUAAGCUAUGGAAGAAAUUUGUAUAUAAAUAAUGAUGGCAUUCCAGAAACAAGGAAUGAAAUGGUUUUGAAGCAAAACCAUGAAGAAGAAGAGGAACAUGAAGAUGAGGUUUUGACAGCUCAUGAUCUGGUAGAUUUUUCUCCUGUGUACAGAUGCUUACAUAUUUAUUCAGUUCUGGGUGAUGCAGAGACAUUUGAAAACUACUAUAGAAAACAGAGAAGAAAACAAGCAAGACUAGUAUUACAGCCACAGUCAAACAUGCACGAGACAGUAGAAGGUUACAGAAGAUACUUCAGUCAAAUUGUAGGGUUUUUUGUAGUGGAAGAUCACAUUUUACAUGUAACUCAAGGACUGAUAACAAGAGCUUACACUGAUGAACUCUGGAACAUGGCACUUUCAAAGAUUAUUGCGGUCCUUAGAACUCAUUCGUCAUAUUGCACUGAUCCUGAUCUUGUUUUGGAGCUGAAGAAUCUGAUUGUUGUGUUUGCUGAUACUUUGCAGGGUUAUGGUUUUCCUGUGAACAGACUAUUUGAUCUCUUGUUUGAAAUAAGAGACCAGUAUAAUGAAACUCUGCUUAAAAAAUGGGCUGUGUUGUUCAGGGAUAUUUUUGAAGCAGAUAAUUACAGCCCAAUACCUGUCUCCAGUGAGGAAGAGUACAAAAUAGUUAUUAGCAAAUUUCCCUUUCAAGAUCCAGAACUUGAUAAGCAAUGCUUUCCAAAGAAACUUCCAAUGUCUCAGUCAGUGCCUCAGAUUUAUAUUCAGGUUAAAGAAUUCAUUUAUGCAAGCCUUAAGUUUUCAGAAUCACUUCACCGCAGUUCAACAGAAAUAGACGAUAUGCUUAGAAAGUCUACAAACUUGCUGCUGACUAGAACUUUGAGCAGUUGUUUACAAAACCUCAUCAAAAAGCCUCACAUAGGUUUAACAGAGCUGGUACAAAUUAUCAUAAACACAACACAUUUGGAGCAAGCGUGUAAAUACCUUGAGGACUUUAUAACAAAUAUUACAAAUAUUUCCCAGGAAACUGUUCACACAGCAAGGCUUUAUGGUCUUUCAACGUUUAAGGACGCAAGGCAUGCUGCUGAAGGGGAGAUUUAUACCAAGCUCAACCAAAAGAUUGAUGAGUUUAUUCAGCUUGCUGAUUAUGACUGGACAAUGACUGAACCAGAUGGGAGAGCCAGUGGCUAUUUAAUGGAUCUGAUUAACUUCUUGAGAAGCACCUUUCAGGUUUUUACUCACUUGCCUAAUAACAACAAUGACCAUGCAGCUAUGUCGGGGAAGGUGGCACAGACUGCUUGUAUGUCCGCUUGCCAGCAUCUGUCAACCUCCCUGAUGCAGAUGCUGUUGGAUAAUGACUUAAAACAAAUCAGCAUGGGAGCAAUCCAGCAGUUUAACUUGGAUGUCAUACAGUGUGAAUUGUUUGCAAGUUCUGAGCCAGUACCUGGAUUCCAAGGAGAAACCUUACAGUUAGCAUUCAUUGACCUCAGACAACUGCUGGACCUCUUCAUGGUGUGGGACUGGUCGACUUACCUGGCGGACUACGGGCAGCCGGCCUCCAAGUACCUGCGAGUGAACCCCAGCACCGCCCUCGCCCUCCUCGAGAAAGUCCACAAAGGAAUGAAGGACCUGAGCAAGAAGAACAACAUCUUCGCCCAGUUCCGCAAGAACGACCGCGACAAGCAGAAGCUGAUCGAGACGGUGGUGCGGCAGCUGCGCGGCCUGGUCAACGGCAUGGCCCACCAGCACCCUUAGCCCGCCCGGCGGAGAGGACGGCGCCUGCGGCUGCCCCACCAGGGAAAGCGGCGGCACUGCGCCCCGCCCCCCCCCCUUGGGAAGCCGGACCCAGCCGCUGCCUUGUAAAUACGUCCUGGGGCAAAGGAAUCGAGGUUGAUUUUUCUGUGGAGCGGGGAGGGCGGGUGUCCUUUCCCUGCUCCACUUCGGAAUGACUUGAACACGAUCGCCCCCCCUCCCCCCAAGAAAGGAGGAGCGCUGCUUUCGAUGUCUUUUCAGACUCUCUUUUGCCCUCCUGCAGGAUUUGUAUACGACGCGCCUUACGGUGGCCCGGGACGGUUUUCUAUGCCAGGUUUCCUUUUUGUAGGCUGGGAGGGGAGGGGAGGGGAGGGGGGUCUUCUUUUGUAGCGCCCCGUGAAAAAAACUACCUGAAUCCAACACCGGCCUUGGUAGUGUUUGAACCACUGGACUUUUCUAGAUUCCCCUGAAGCCCCCGCCCCAGGAGCUUCCUCCUUCUCCCCGCCCCCCCCUUCCAGCAGCAUCGGGGCUCAGAUGCCGGUGUCGUGUGUGUGUCCCGAUGGGUGUUAUAGCGCUAGAGCUCGUCCCUCUCCGCCCCACCCCUCCGCUGAAUUCUGUACUGGAGCCUCCUGUGCUGUUUGGAACACACGCGAAUGUCUGAGACCUGAGAAACCAAAUGAGCGCUUCGGGACUGACUUGCCAGAAGAAUGUACUCCCCCCUCGCCCCUUUUUGCUCCGUGUAUUAAGUUAUUUGACGGUCCAAAAUACAGUAAUAUAAACCCCAA